ACUGUUGCCCCUCAUAAAUAUGGCCGCACUGUAGAAAAUCUCCUUGCCCUUCACAAAGAGGGAUGUUGAGAGAAGGGAGGAGGAAACAGAGUAAGAAGGCUGGGCAAUGAAGAGCCUCGUUACUGCUGGUUGCCGGGGUAACAGCCAACGGCGUGAGGGAUGGUUCCUGGUAGGCGGUUGCCCAGGAUGGUGAGGUGUGAGGGAAGCUUGGCAUAAUUGACGGAGUGAAGGAAGGGAGAGAGGCGGUGGCCGAUGGGGGGAGACCAAAGGAGUGCGGGGCUGGUGUCAGCUGCUGAGAACCUCGGAUCCCAGCUGCUGCUGUUCUGCCUCCUUGAAAGCUGGCAUCAUGACCCUGACCAAGGGUUCCUUCACCUACUCUAGCGGGGAGGAAUAUUGUGGGGAGUGGAAGGAAGGGCGUCGGCAUGGUGUUGGGCAGCUGACAUUUGCUGAUGGCAGCAUUUACCUGGGACACUUUGAGAAUGGUCUCUUCAAUGGCUGUGGGGUGCUCACUUUUGCAGAUGGCUCAAGGUAUGAAGGGGAGUUUGUACAAGGAAAAUUCAAUGGUGUUGGAGUCUUCACACGCUAUGAUAACAUGGUCUUCGAAGGAGAAUUCAAGGGUGGACGUGUGGAUGGCUUUGGGCUUCUGACUUUUCCUGAUGGCUCCCAUGGAAUCCCUCGCAAUGAAGGCUUCUUUGAGAACAACAAACUCUUGCGAUGGGAGAAGUGCCAGGCAGUGAUCCAGCGUGCUCAGAGUGCCUCCAAAUUGGCACAUGGCCUUACAGCAUGAUGGGUGCAAGUUCUAAAGCACCCCCCCCAGGACUCUCCCAUGAAACUGCAGCUUAAUCUGCAGGUUGGCAGGAGUGUGGAGUGUAGGUGUCACAGAGACAAAUACCAUCUCUAGGAGGCAGAUAAUCUCAGUUCAACCCUGAUCAGCUAGGCAGCCUGCCUGGGUCACUUUCUUAAAUAGCUUGGCCUCAACUAUAGAGCCACUCUCUGCUGCCAGACAGAGAGACUGUCACUCCUGAGGCAAUUGUAUUCUCUUUGUCAGGAGCAUUCUCCAUAGGACAAUCUUCUAGUGCUAUAGCCCCAGCUGCAAUGGGAACAAAUGAGCCAUUCCCCACCACCUUAGGGAGGCAAGAGGCAAUUCAUUAAUGUACAUUCUGAGAAUCCAUAAAGGUAGUUUUACACCUUUUCCCAUCUUGAGUCAAAUGCAGCUGAGAGGCUGUGCGACUUGAUGGGUUGGUAUUCACUGUUCAAGGGAGGAGUCAGAACUUGCAUUUAGCACAGCUUCCUGUUCCCUCUGUAGCCCUGGUUCUCUCUUCCUGUCUCCUCUCUGCUCUUUUUUAAAAAAUGCAAAAAUGGAAAAUUGAUAUAUAGAGCAGAAUUUUAGACCUUCUGAAUGUGCCUUUUCCCAACUUUGCAGAUCAGCACAAGGAAGGAGACCCGAGCUGCGAUGUCUGCCAUCCUUUAUGUUUUAGGCUCCAUCAUAUAUCUAGGAUGACUUUCCACGGCUUUCUUGUGCUUUAUCCAGUUCACUUGUGCCAUUCUCACUGUGAGUCUUUGGAUUGCUUCUUGUGUGAAAGCUAGCUGUCCUUCCUUAUCUAUGGUAUACACUACUUGAUCUGGAGGGAACGAUCUUCCAGAACUGUUGCAUGGCAUCCAUGCACCCCAUAGUGCCAUAUGCACAGGGCUGUGUUUAUCCUGCUUUUCAAGAAUGACAGUUCUGUACAUGAACAAAAAUUGUGCAACUGGUAUAAAUUACGCGAAACACUGGCAUACAGUUACUUGUUUUGAAUAAUUUCUGCUUUUGCCAGUCAUAAGAAAAGGCAAAAGAGCUUUGCAGAAUGCGAAUGCCUUAUCUCUUUACCACUGGAUGUCCUCUACAGCCCCUCAUUCCCUCCUCUGGCUUCUGAAAUCUUGUCAGGCAUUGCCUAAAUACUUUUAAGCUUUUUGCUGUCUUAAGGGUUAGAAAUUCACUUUAGAAUAAAAAUAAUAAUCUCACGAUGCUGACUGCUGCAUCUGAUACUGUAUAAUGCAGUCACAGAAUAAUGGCAUAGACACAGCCCUGUACAUAUCCAAAAAAAUGUAGUCCAUUCUGAUUUUGUCCACUAGGUUCAAAUCUCUGUUGCUUUGACACAAUGUUUUUAGAAGCGUUUUGGUGUGUGAAGUGAACACUGGAGUCUAGGAAAAUGGCUUACAAAAAAUUAGCUAUUUGCAGGACAUUCCUAAUACAUUCAUACAAGCUGAGCUGGGGCAGUGCUGUGGAAGAAAUGGCUUCUGGCAGGAUCCUUGCUAUAGGUCCAGGCUGAUGGAAAUGCAGGGCUGGGAUAUAGAAGGGGAAAGAUAGUUGUGGGGGACUAGCAAGUGAAACUGAAAAUAAACAGUGGGCUGGGGGUUGAGUUGGGAUUAAGAGACCAUUGAAAAGCUACUUUGUUUCUGUACACUAAAAUUAAACAUGGAAUUGUUUUGAGACUGGGGAGGUGUGUGCUCUUAACCAAGCAUUGACCCGCAUGGUGUGUGUCCAUAAGUGCCAUGCUGGAGCCUACGUUACCAGCCUUCCUCCACAUUGAAUGUCUGUGUGUCAAUGCCACCCUCGUGCCUUUUUGUGUCUCUGCCCAGGUAAGGGCCUUGGCCAAAUAAAGAGUUGCUGAAUCUCUA